AUGUCUGCUUUUACGAAGAAAGGUGGUGGAAAUGGUGGUAAGACUUCAGGAGCAGGCGAGGACGUGGAAAAUCCACCACCUUUACCUGCGGUGAAAGCAGCCGGUGUGACGGCUUUGGAUAAUGUCCAACGAAAAGAAAGUAGUGGUGACGCCGACGAAAUGAAUGGAAAGAACAAGCGGGAGUCUAAUCUGAACAAAAAAAUGGAUAAACUCGCCAAGAAGGAGCAAAAGCAAUCGUUUUGGAAGUUACACAAGGAAGAAUUGUGGUCUUUGGUUCCGUAUUUAUGGCCGAAAGAGCAGAUAUGGAUCAAGUUCAUGCUCUUGUGCGCGAUAUUUUUCUUGUUGGCGAGUAAACUGUGCAACGUGACUUCUCCGAUUGCGUUGAAAAUAGCGGUGGAUCGAGUGAGCGAGAACAGGUCGGACAUUGAGUGGGCGAUUGUUGCGUACGGGGCGUUACGAUUUGGCGCGAACUUCUUUGGCGAGUUGAAAGAUAACUCUUUCGCGUACGUCAGCGCGCACGCGUCGAGGAAGAUUUCAUUGAGAGUGUUUACGCACGUGAUGGAUUUGUCGCUCAAGUUUCACAUCACGAGGAAAACUGGGGCGGUCAUACGAGGGUGCGCCAGAGGUUCGGAGUCCUUCGCGUUGCUUUUGAAGUAUAUAUCGUUUCAAAUCGCGCCGAUUUUUAUCGAGGUUGCCAUGGUGUGUUGCUUUUUGUUGGUGCAAUACGAUUGGUAUUUUGGGAUCAUAACGUUUUUCGUGAUUUUCGCUUACAUUGGUUUUACGGUACCGUUUACCGAGUGGAGAAAUAAGUUCCGACGGGACCAAACGGAAGCGGACGAUCGGUUUAAUCAGAAAGCGACGGAUUCGUUGUUGAACUUUGAAACUAUUAAACUAUUCUGCGCGGAGCCGCACAUCGCGCACACGUACGACGAAGCGCUGAAACAGACGCAAAAGGCGACGCUGAAGACGACCCAAUCUUUAGCCGGUUUGAAUUUAGGACAGGCUCUGAUUAUAACCGUAGGUAUUACGGCGAGUAUGGGAUUAGCCGCGGAACAAGUCGUCGAUGGCAAGAUGACAAUUGGUGAUUUUGUUCUGGUGAAUACCUUCAUCUUGCAACUGUACGUGCCUUUGAACUUUUUGGGCACGUACUAUCGAAUGAUCAAGCAGUGCAUGGUUGACGUAGAGGCGAUGUUUAGAUUGAUGGGUGAAAAUCAAGAGGUUGCGGACGCAGAUGACGCGAAAGACUUAGUCUUGGCGAAUCCUUCGCAAGCAAAGAUUGAAUACGAAAACGUGUUCUUUUCGUACGAUCCGAAGGAAGAUCGGAAAAUCUUGAAAGGCGUUUCGUUCGUCGUCGAGCCGGGGCAAAAGUUGGCGUUAGUUGGCGAAUCCGGAGCCGGUAAGUCUACUAUCGCUAAGUUAUUGUAUAGACUAUAUGACAUACAAGGCGGUCGAAUUCUAAUCAAUGGACAAGAUGUGGCGAAAUGUACGCAACGCUCGGUGCGAUUGAACAUUGGCAUCGUGCCGCAAGAUUGCGUCUUGUUCAACGACACCAUCGAAUACAACAUUGGAUUUGGGAAACUUGGUCAAGGCGAUGUGGCGACUCGAGAAGAGGUGGAAAGAGCAUCAAAGGCGGCGCAAUUUGAGAAGUUUGUCAACCAAACACCGUCUGGGUACGACACGUUAGUCGGAGAGAGAGGCUUGCGAUUAUCCGGGGGUGAAAAACAACGUGUGGCCAUUGCGAGAGCGCUUUUGAAAGACCCGCCGAUUAUGGUGUACGACGAGGCGACGUCGAGUUUAGACACGCACACCGAAAAUCAGAUCAUGGAUGCCAUUCGCGUAGCGGCGCAAGGUAGAACGAACUUAGUCAUCGCGCAUAGAUUAUCGACAAUUAUGGAUUCUGAUAAGAUUUUAGUAUUGAGCGGAGGCGAAGUUGUUGAAAGCGGCAAUCACCAAACGUUGUACGCCGACGUGAACGGGAAGUAUAGAAAGAUGUGGGAUUCGCAACUGCAAGCGGCUAUGAAGGAAUCGCCAUCGACUGUAGAAUUGAUGAAGAUGGGAACACAAUAA